AUGUCACUUAUUAAAACUGAUCCCCGAGAAAUAUUAUCAUGUGGGAUUUUUUAUAGUAUUAUGGUUGGUUCAACAGCAUUAUCACAUCUUUAUUUAGCAUCAUUAUCUAUUGAUCGAAGUAUAAUAAUUCUUGAUCCAACUCGUUAUCGUUUAAUAGUUACACGAUCUCAUGUUAUAUCACGUAUUUUAUUAAUUACUUUCAUAAUUAUUUUACUAUUAAUUCCUCAUCAUUUUUAUCUUCAUUAUGAACCACGAAUAACACUUUUUCUUUGUGAUUUUAAUUUAUCUCUUUACCAUGGAAAUGUACGUAUAUGGUCAUUUAUACAUGCAGUACUUCUUGUAGGUAUUCCAUCAUUAAUUGUAUGUAUAUCUUCAGCAAUUUUAUUACAUAAUCGAUGUAAACAUAAACGGAUGUAUAAAAAUAAUUUAAGCGCAAAUGCUCGUCGUAUGCAUAGACAUUCAAUAUUACUUUUCAUUUAUUCACUUGGUUUAUUUUUAUCUAUAUUACCUGGAUGUAUUUUAGAAAUCUUUAUUGUACAUGAUCGACUUUUUUAUCACAAUAUGCACUGUUCAAUACAAUGGAAGAUUUAUAGAAUUUUACUUAAUUGUUUCUUAAUACUUUCAUCAAUUACUUAUUCUAAUAAGUUUUAUAUUCAUCUUGCAAUAUCAACUACAUUUCGAAAUGAUUUUAUCCAAUUGAUUACUUGUAAAUCAAAUCAAAAGUCGACGAAAUCAAUAAAACUGAAUGAAACAAAUAAUAAUGAACAAUAUUUACUGUCACCUCUAAAUCAAACAAAAACUAUAGACAUUUGA